AUGGGAAAUGUUACUGAUCGUAUUUCGCUUUUGGAGUUCAAAGCCAAGAUAGCCAGUGAUCCAUAUGGAAUCUUGAGCUCAUGGAACGAUUCUGUCAACUUCUGUCAAUGGCAAGGGGUUAUUUGUGGCCGAAAACACCAUAGAGUUGUGUCUCUAAACCUGCAUGGGCUGAGCUUGUCAGGGACCAUAUCUCCAUAUACAGGUAACCUCACCUUCUUAAGGGUCCUCAACCUUAGUGACAACAUAUUUUAUGGGGAAAUUCCCCAAGAAGUUGGCCGUCUGUUUCGUCUAAGACUUUUCUACCUGAAGAACAACACACUGGGAGGAGAAAUUCCAAUCAACAUCAGCUUCUGUUCAGAGCUCAGGGUUAUCAGUUUGGCCAUUAACCGCUUAGUGGGGGAAAUACCUGCGGAGCUAGGUUCUUUAAAGAAGCUCGUGGCACUUCUCCUCGGUUCAAACAACCUUAAGGGAAAGAUCCCACAUUCUGUUGGAAACCUUUCGUCCCUCCAAGGUUUCUUUGUAACAUAUAAUCAUAUGGAAGGAAAUAUUCCAAAUGAAUUGGGACGAAUAACAAGCUUAACUAUGCUUGGGAUGGGAAUCAAUAAUCUGGUUGGUUCAAUUCCUUCUACCCUCUACAACAUCUCAUCCAUCGUGGCGCUAUCUGUUUCAGAUAAUCAAUUGCAUGGAAGGCUCCCAGCAAAUAUAGGGCUCACUCUUCCUAACCUGCAAAUUUUUCAAAUCGGAGGGAAUCAAUUCCACGGAAGUAUUCCAGAUUCGUUGACGAAUGCUUCUCAGCUUGAAAUAUUUGACAUAUCUAGCAACAGAUUCACAGGACAACAAUCUCCAAAACUAUAUCUUGCUGAUAAUAAUUUUGGCGGUGCAUUACCGAGCACUAUAGCAAAUAUGUCUACCCUUGGGGAUUUAGGUUUAGGAAUGAACCAAAUAUCCGGUAGAAUUCCAGCAGACAUUGGGAAUCUAGUCAAUUUGUAUCGACUAGGCAUGGAGGAAAACCUUUUUUCUGGCAGCAUUCCCAUUUCUUUCGGGAAGCUUCAAAAGCUGCAACUAUUGUCUUUGCAUGCAAACAUGUUGUCUGGACAAAUCCUCAAUCCCUAG